AUGGAGGAAUGCGAGAGUCUCGACACAGAGAUGACAGAGCUGCAGGAGUUUGAGUGCGGGCCUUUAGAUUCUAUUAGCCAGGACAAUGAAGAUGAGGUGGAGGAGCUGCAUAACAGUCUGCGAGAAGUUGUCCAAGACCAAUCUGUGAAGCCCAAACUCCAGUGCCUGAUGGUGGAUCCUUCAUUCUCCAUGGUAACUGUUCAGAGUGAGGACAGUGGUAUUGUUUGGGAGACGGCCUCUAGUCGCUGCUCUACUCCCUGGGCCUCUGAGACCAGCUCCCUCUCUGAAGCCUGCAGCAUGGAAAGCUCUGGAACCGCAGGCAAGAUCACCAUCGUCUUUGAUGAGGAGAAAAUAAUCCGCAGGAGGACGAGGUCAGGAAGGAGCAGCAGACUAGGGGACAGGUUGAGCCGACCUGGCAGCUCAAGAUCGGCCUCAGCUCUGGGAGUGGAGAGACGUGAGAUGGUAGAGGUGUCUCUACCAAAUGUCAAACCGGAGAAAACCGAAACAGAGCCGGACUUGGAGGAGAUAAAAAGCAAAGAUCAGCAGCUGUUUAGUUUGAUUUCAGAGGGUUAUGAGAUUCUCAACAUCAGGGUCCCGUCCAAACUUCCCACAGUGGAUGAAGAGGAGAGCACAGAGAUGCAGGACAAUUUGUCUUAUCUGGACCAGACUCACAAGAUCAAGUCAAAAAACCACCAUACUUGGAAACAACUACAGGAUUAUGUUGUGCCAGAUGAGAUGGAAACAUUGGAUCUUCAAGAGCCCUCGAAACAGGACUCUUCUCAGUCAUUAGCGGACACAGAGCUCAGAAACACACCCAAUCAGAAAGAAAUCUCCAGCGACAUUGAUUACUUUGAGAAGUUUACCCUGCUUGAUGAGGUGGUUCCUGGAGAACAAGUUCCAGAGCUGCAGGUGGAGCUGGAACAACCUUCAGUGAAACCUCAAGCAGAGGAGCAAAAGCCUGCAAAGGAGGCAGCCACAGACAGCCCAUUAGCAUCAGAGGACUCCUUUGUUUUUGUUACAGAUGUGGAGAUAGUUGGGGAACACCUGGAUGAGGUCUUCUAUGGAGACAGAGCUCCUUCUGAUGCACUGCAGCGAAGAGAAGACAACGAGGAAGAUGAUGGAGCAGUGAUGAGAGCACGAAGAGAAAGCCAGAGAUCUUUGAAGGAGAAUGGUUCAGUUUUGUUUGGGAGUGAAGAGUCCAUCCUCACCCCUAUCUAUAUCUCCCCUGGACCCCCUAAGAUCAUUGACCCCAUCCUGCUGGAGGAGCCCACCGCCAUGUCCUUCAUGUACUCUGACCUUUACAAGGACGCUGUGGGUGAAAGGCGGAAGAGUGAUGAGGAGUACUCUGAAUCAGAAAGUGUAGCAUCUUUUAAGAGAUGCAUGUUAGAUUUGGAGGAAGCUGACGGGUACCUGGAAAAGUUCAUUUUGAAAGAUGAAACUGCCACAGUGGAGGUUCAAUCAGAGUCAGUGGAGGACAAGAGGGAUGGGAGGAUGCUCUGGUCACAGAGUAAGUUUGAAAUGACAGGAUGUCUAACAAAAGUGGUGGAAGAAGAAGACAAGGAUGAGACAAAGAAAGGGGAGCCAAAAGCACAGGAGGCCAGCACUGAAGAGAUAAGAGAAUAUUUACAAGAUAAAGUGGAAAUAGUUACAGAAACAGAACGGGAAAGUGAGGAAAUACAACUCUCUACUGUGACUGAAGAGCAAGCUGUCAGACAAGCCUCAGAAGAAUCAAUUCAGGAGUCUAAACCAAUGAAGGAGAAACUGCAGGAUCAGGAUGUGAAACAUGAUGUAAAAAGAGACGAGAUUGAGCCUCCUGAGAGCCGUACUGAUAAGCUUCGUCCUGAAAUUCAAAAGGUGGACAAGGAGAAAACAGAGGACAGUGUGGAGCACCGGCAAGAAGAACCAGAAGAAAAAGAUUAUGAGCAAAGUGUUAUUGAAUCUGAGCAGCCAUGUCAGACACAAAAAGAGACAGAAAAAACAGCUGAGGUGCUUGAAGAAGCAACAGAGGAGACAGCAGUGAAAGCGCUUGUAAUCACUGAGGUCCCUCAGAUAGUUGUUCAAUCUGAAGUACAAACAGAAACCACUGAGAAGAGUUUAUCUGAGGAGGCAGUAACUGACACGGAGAUGGUGGCUGCUGAUGAGAAAGAGAUAACUGCUGUAAAAACAGAAGAGGCAACAAUUGACACAGAGAUGGUGACUGCUUUUGAUAAAAACAUAACUGUGGCAAAAGCAGAAGAGGCAGCAAAUGACACAGAUAUGGUGGCUGCUGUUGAGAAAGAGAUAACUGCUGUAAAAACAGAGGAGGCAGCAAUUGACACAGAGAUGGUGACUGCUUUUGAUAAAAACAUAACUGUGGCAAAAACAGAAGAGGUAGCAAUUGACACGGAGAUGGUGGCUGCUGAUGAGAAAAAGAUAACUGCUGUAAAAACAGAAGAGGCAACAAUUGACACAGAGAUGGUGACUGCUGAUGAGAAAGAGAUAACUGCUGUAAAAACAGAGGAGGCAGCAAUUGACACAGAGAUGGUGACUGCUUUUGAUAAAAACAUAACUGUGGCAAAAGCAGAAGAGGCAGCAAUUGACACAGAGAUGGUGGCUGCUGAUGAGAAAAUGAUAACUGCUGUAAAAACAGAAGAGGCAGCAAUUGACACAGAGAUGGUUGCUGCUGAUGAGAAAGACAUAACUGUGGCAAAAGCAGAAGAGGCAGCAAAUGACACGGAGAUGGUGGCUGCUGAUGAGAAAGAGAUAACUGCUGUAAAAACAGAAGAGGCAACAAUUGACACAGAGGUGGUGACUGCUUUUGAUAAAAACAUAACUGUGGCAAAAACAGAGGAGGCAGCAAUUGACACGGAGAUGGUGACUGAUUUUGAUAAAAACAUAACUGUGGCAAAAACAGAAGAGGCAACAAUUGACACAGAGAUGGUGACUGCUUUUGAUAAAAACAUAACUGUGGCAAAAACAGAGGAGGCAGCAAUUGACACAGAGAUGGUGGCUGCUGAUGAGAAAGAGAUAACUGCUGUAAAAACAGAACAGGCAACAAUUGACACAGAGAUGGUGACUGCUGAUGAGAAAAACAUAACUGUGAUGAAAACCGAGACCCCAGCUGAAGUGAAAGAACUUGGGACUAUAAGACAGGAAAUGUUCAACUCUGCUGAACCCUCAGCUAAAAUAGAGACAUUAGCAGUUGCAUCCCUGUGUAAAGAGAAAGAAGCACUUGCCCUUGAAAAAGCUCCACCUGUUGACGUUAUCGCUGACUAUGAACCAGUGCUACAUGCACUAGUGAAGGUAACUGAAAAGACAGUGGAUGAAAAAGAAAUCCAAACUAAAAUUCAGAUUGAUUUACAGGAGGUAACAAGUGGUGAGGCAACAGAUGUGCAAACAGCAGUUCCUGAAGAAGAAAAAGGGCAGGAAGCUUCAACAGAGAAAAUUGUGAGUGAGUCACCUAAAUUUGUAACUGAAGUUGAUGAGGAGUCAGAGAUUAAAAUUGAAAUUUCAAAUGAAAUAACAGAACCUCCAAUGCCAGACAGAGACAUGACAGAUUCAGACAAGAAACAGCAUGAGAUCCUUGAAACUGAGCAGCAUCAGCAAGACAAGUCAGCAGCUGGUAGUGAAACAGAGAAAACUAAAUUGACAGCUAAAGUUAGAGCUAAAACACCAACUGAGGACACAGAGACUGGUGUUCAGGACCUGGAGAAUGUGGGUGCUGAGUUAAUCCUUCUCGUCUCUAAAGGUCAAGCUGUAGAGAUGGACAUAAAGCUCGGUCAGCGGCCAGCAAAGAUCACAAAAAGCGAUCUCUCUGAACCUGACAUCACAUGCAAACUGACAGCCUCUGAAAACUCCACAAUAUGCUCAGAGGCUCUUCAGGCAGCAGUGAAUGAAAAAAAAACAGAGCCUCAACCAGAAGUAGAACAACAAGUUGCUCUGAAGCCAGAAGCAUUACUCAGAAAUGAAUUGGACAGGAGUUACUUACCUGCAACACCUGUGGAGGAGAUUGACACAGAAGAACAGAAGACAGACAGGGACUUGAAAGAAGACGAAGGCAUCUUUUCCCCUCUGAGGAGCUUUACUCCCAGGGAGGAUUUAUCUGAGCUACACAGAGAAGAUGUACAACCAGUGACUGUAGAGGAGCCUGAAUAUGAGAUGAUAUACAAACAGGAUGCCAGAGAGAUUACAGAACCCGAAAUACAGAGAGAUGCAGAGGAACCAAGACCUGAGUCUUGUCAAGAGAGAGAAGAGAGGAUGGAGAUGAAGGUGGAGAUGGAGCACAAAGUCUUCGAUAUGUCUGUAGAUGAAGAGCUGAUUGAGGAUGACUAUGAGAUCAUCGAUGCUGAAGAGGAAAGACAGGCUCGAUUGGCUGCUGAGCUGCAAGGGAUGGACUGGUUCUGUCUCACCUGUGAAUGUCUGCUGUCAAAAGACGACUGUGAGAGUGGAGAGCAUUACAGCCACCAGGUGACUGCUGUAGACAAAGCUUACGAGGAGAUCAAGGAGAGGCUGGGUGACUGGAUCUCAGAGCUGCAGGGGAGGUCCGAGAACAUUGAGGACCUGGUAUCUGAGCUGGAGCUGGCCUACAACUCUGUAGAGGACCACUGUGUAGAGACUGAGGCGGCGAUGCAGGUGCAGAACGAGGAGAUAAUGGCUUUGGUGAUGGAGCAGUACAACAACAUGUCUGUCAACAUGGAGGAGGAAAAGAAGGCCAAGCUGGAGCAGCUGUAUGACCAGAUCGUCUCCUUUCAGGGAAACAUCGACUCUGCUAAGGCCACUCUGGACAUCACGGCCAGAGAGGCUGAGACUGAUGCUCGGUUGCAGCCAGAGGCUAAAUACUGUGAUUGUGUAUUUAGACUCAAGGCAGCUCUGGAGUCAAGCAUGUCACUGGAGCUGGGUCCCAAGGGAUUGCUGGUAUUCGAGGACUACACCAAAGGCAACGCUUCCAGCUCAAACCUUGCACAACGAAAGGGAAUCCCAGUGCCUCAAAGGCCUACACUUCAGCCCCAGGAGCCAGGCUCAGCCACAAGCACUAAUGUCACCGUUUACUGGAAAAUCAACCCAGGAGAUAUCAUAGACUGCUUCCAGGUGUACUGCAUGGAGGAUCCACAAGGAGCUGUGUCAGAGGAGUACCGUGUGACAGUGAAAGAGAGUUAUUGUGUCCUGGAGGAGCUGGAGCCUGAUAAGAUGUACAAAGUGUGGGUGAUGGCUGUCAACUAUACCGGCUGCUCUCUGCCCAGCGAGAGACUUGCCUUCAGAACUGCUCCAUCAGUGCCAGUGAUUGAUACUGAGCUCUGCACUGUCAUGUGGGAUUCAGCCAUGCUGAGAUGGAGCCCAGGAAAGCAUACUGGACAGAGUUACACCUUGGAGUACUGUCGCCAGUAUGAACUGGAGGGAGAAGGGCUCAGAUCAAUAUCAGGUAUCAAAAGCUGUGAACAUAAAGUUCUCCUGCAGCCCAACGAAAACUACCUGUUUUACAUCAAAGCUGUGAAUGAGGCUGGAGCCAGCGAACAGAGCGAGGCAGCACUUAUUUCUACCAAAGGAACAAAGUUCCACCUGCUGAAAGCUUCAGCUCACCCUGCUCUGGAUUUGUCAGCGGACCAGACCACCCUGCAUUACUCCCCUGAUGCACAUGAACAUGUACCACACCUAGACAAACAGUGCCCGUCCAUCCUGGGUGAGUUGUUGCCAGCAAGAGGCCACUACUACUGGGAGACCGUUGUUUCAGGAAGUGCAGCUUACAGGCUGGGAGUGGCAUACAGCACAGCCAAUAAAAGUAACAUCCCACUAGGAGAAAACAGCCUGUCUUGGUGUUUGCAGUGUAUACCAGCACCAUCCGGCUGCAGUUAUCAGUUGCUCCACAAUGAUGUUCAGUCCAGUGUGUUUGUGAUUGAGUCACCUGAGCGGGUGGGUACUCUCCUGGAUUACCAGCUUGGUCGUCUAUCUUUCUACAAUGCCCAAAGUGGUCAGCUGUUGGGUGCCUUCAGCCAGAGCUUCACCCAGCUGUGUCACCCUGCUCUGGCUCUGGAGAUGCCCGGCCACCUGGAGGUCUGCAUGGUGCCAGAGGUGCCGGAGUUUGCUAAGGACAGCUAGUUCUGCUGACUGCCUCACACACUGAAGAGUUUACAGUUCAUGUUGGACUUUCUUACUGUAUAAUGAUUACAAUGAUCACUACUGAAUAGUUAAAAAAAAAAGUGCAGAUAAGAAGGAACAUUCAGAAUACUGAUCUCCAGUGAAAAGGUAAAAGGCCCGAUUGGAUCAUUAAGAAAACAUGUCUCUCUGAUUGAUAAUCAAUUGAACUUAUUUUCGUAAUAGAAAUAGAAACUUCUUGUAAAUAUCAAACAUAGUGCAAAUUACUGAUGAGGGUGUACAACAGGAUUGAAAUUGAACUGAAAUUGAGAGCCUUGGUUUGUUUUGUCACAGGUGAGUGUCUUGAGUUUUGUUUCAUCAAGGCAAAAAUUAGAUUGAGGAUCAUUUUGUAAUUUUUAUCAUAACAAUGCUGACGUGAGUUUUGUACUGCUUUGUAACUGUUCUAUGGUUUAGCCAUUUUCAGUUUCCUCAUCUUUUGUCAAACCCUCACUGGUAGAUAGCAGAGAGUAAAGGCUCUGACUGCAUACUGAAGUUUAACACAUGCAAACAUCAACUGGUUAAAUCCUCUUGUCUCCAAGAAAUAUACUGCAGCACUUUUGAACUUUCAUAUUGUGAAUAUGCCUGUUUUGUAUAAAUAACCUUUGUAAACAGAUAUGAUCAGUUCUAUAUUUUGUUAUGCUGAUGAACUGUUUUCCUUUCACUGUCUUGUAAACUGAUUUUCACGUUUGAGCCGAAUGAACAUGAUUAUUUUUC